AUGUGGCGAGGAGCCUGGCUGAGGGCGGCGAGUGCAAGCCCAAUCCCUGGGGUCAACGCCACAGCAAUCGGAUACACAAACGGGUGCGACUGCACACCGCUCUACUACGCUGCUCUCUCAGGGAGACCAGAGAUAGUGUCAAUGUUGCUCGCCGCAGGAGCCAAUGUCAAGGGGGUGAGUUUACGGCCUGCGAUUACCGGAUUCGAGGAUGAGCUCGAACUAUGGCGUAGGAAAUUGCCUCAUGUCAAGGAGAAUGGGGCGUGUGGGGGUCUUACGAAGGAAGAUGCCACACGGCCGUAUUCGAGUGAUGGGCGCAGCGGCAGGGAUAAACUCGACCCCCUCGAGGACACGGCAAGACUCGAAGAGAUUAUAGAGAUGGUCUUGGAACAUGGCGCUGAUCUGACCCAGCAGAAUCUCUGGGGCACGUCUGAUACAGCAUACGGUUCCCUAACCGACACAACCACUUCCGACUGUCGAGACUAUGCGCUUAAGUGCCUAUCAGGUGCAACCAAGAAGCACUCGUUGAAGAGCUCGCAGGCAGUAGCACAUCUUGGCCAGAGAUUACCUACCUUUGACGAGAAACUCAUCCCCCACCGACGUGAAGCCACAUACAAGGCACUCCGUGAGCCUGGAGUCAUCAUACCAGGCAAAGCAAACGAGACUUUGUUCAUCACGCGACUUAGACGUCGCGAGUACGAUGUCAUGGAAGAGUUGUUCAACCUGGGCGUGGACUUUCUGGCCCCUCACCAGAUCAGUGGGCUUACCAACUUGGGGAUCCUCGUCAGAGGAGGUUUUACUUCUCUUGUCAAUCGCAUUGGCUUGCUCGUGUCGCAAGCACAGGUCGAAAAGGGCAUUUGGUCCGCUCCGGUUGAUGGAAAGCAACCUGGAUUUGGCCACAAUCAGACAUGGACCCACGACGUGUCAGACUGCAGCGGCCAAGAAUCUCGUCCAGCAUUCCUGUUUCAGGCAGUCCAUCAGGCGGUUCCCGUGUUCGGUAUGGUAUGUCUCCUUGUAGAGACCUUUGGCGUUGAUUUCAAUGAAGAUGGUGUCCUUCACUCGCUUGCCAAAGGCUAUCACUGGUGGCAUGUCGCUCAAGCUUUACCGUACCUACUCAGUAAAGGUGCAAACCUCGAAACUAGAAACUCAAGAGGGCAGACGCCGCUUCAUGUAGCCUUGGGCACGGAAGAUGGCGCCGGAUUGUUCCACGUGGACGCCGCUCAUCAGUUGAUCCUGAGUGGAGCAGAUGUUAACGCUGUGGACAAGGCUGGACGAAGCUGUCUUUCUGAUGCAGGGCACAAUGUCGACCUAACUCGUUUGCUGGUCAAGCACGGCGCGAUAGUUCACGCGGAUGCGAUCUUUGGUGCUAUCAACAAGAUGCAACCAGAAGUGCUCGAUGCUCUCUUGUCUGCCGGGGGUAAUGCCAACAUCCGGGUCGAGAAGAACGACAAAGAACCAUGGGAACCCGAAACCCGUCGGUGGGACCUGAGCAAGCUCCCAGACGCCGAGUGGUACCCCUUACAUCGCGUUGCGGCGAAGUCUGGUAACACGACUUAUGACCAGAAGGAGAGAACCAAGCUUCACUCCUCAGCUCUUAGCUUGAUCGAAGUCCUCUUGUCCCACGGAGACGACCCACUGUCCAAUUUUUCAAGAUGCUCUGGGAAAGACUGCUACCAUCAAAAGAUUUACUCCCGGCUGCAAGCUAAAGGUUUGUACAUGUUUGACGAAGCGCCCGAUAGUUAUGACGCUGUGGGUGACCCAGAAUACUCUUUCGAGCCGCACCUCCAUGAGGACUGUGUCGUUCUACAUCAGCUCUUAGCUGAUGGGCACAUCGUGCAUCCUUUCUUGAAGCUGCCGGCGAUCGACGCAAACCAUCGUGACGGUAGUGGUCGAACUCUUCUCCAUGCUGCUUGCUCCUCUAAACGGGGUCCCGAUGUGCCCUUGGACUUACUACCAGGAGAUCCAUGGAACCCCCAGACAUCGAAAGAGGUAUCGGUCUUCGACCAUCUCGUCUCCCUCGGCGCGGAUGUGGAAGCGCGAGACACCUACAGGCAAAACGUACUUCACCACAUGCUGAGCCCUCCUUCAAAGCAUAUUUACGAGACACCAAUCAUCGAAAAGUCACUCACCUACACGAUAGAGAAGCAUCCAUCGAUUAUCGAUCCAAGGGACAAUGAAGGGAAGACACCGCUAUACCUGGCUAUCCACCGAGCUCUGUACGAAAAGAGGACGACAGCCGCGGACGCACUUCUCAGAGCCGGAGCGGACCCCCUCAUCCCUGACAACGAAGGCAACACUGUUCUGCACGUUCUCUCUCGCAUGCUUUGGGUCUCCUCUAUGCGACCGCUGUUUAACGCGCUCGUCGAGCGCGGAUGCGACGUCAACGCUCGCAAUUUGAAGGGCGAGACGCCGCUAUUCUGGUACUACGCGGGGUUCGACAAAGAGCUGCACGAAGUCUACACGUUCAAUCGUGACCCGCAAUUGUACGACGAAGAGGGCGGGAUCGGAGCGUUCGAGGCGGCGUGCGCGGACUUUGGGGCGGUAGAUGACGAUGGACGGAGCUUAUUACACGUUGCGGCGGAGGGCCACGUUCUUCGAUUCAAGACUCUGACGGCGAGGGGAUUGGAUCCUUUGUUAGAGGACAAGAGCAGGAAGACGGCGGUCGAUGUCGCGGCUGCGUGUGGGAACAAGGGGGUGUUGAAGCUGUUCAGGCGGGUCGAUGCUGUGGAUGAUCCGGAGGAGGAUGACGAUGAUGAGUCGCUCAAUGUGAACGAUGUUUUUUGGCCUCGUUGA